AUGGCACCGCCAAAAUUUAGUCAGAUGUCCAUGGCAAACCUCCGGAAAGCCUGUGGGGAACGGGGAAUAGACCAUUCCUCCUUGGAUAAAGAGGACAUGAUUGCGCAGCUGUAUGGCCAUGAAAGCCGACAGCGUGAAGAAGAAGCUACUGCAGUCAAGCUCAAAGAGUUGGAGCUAGAGAAGCUGAAGCUAGAACUCGAAGCAGCCAAACAACGACAUGUGGCGGAACACCAACUGUUGGUGGAAGAACGAAAGUUGUUAGAAACCAAGCUUGCCCUGGAAGGACAAAAAACCCCACCGGCAACCGCCACAGCAGAGUCCACGAAGGGUCCCAAGAUUCCACCGUUCGUCGAGGGUGAGGAUGUAGAGGUGUACCUCACCACAUUUGAACGCCUCGCGACAGCCAAUGGGUGGCCCAGGCCCAAGUGGGCUCCUAAGCUUGCAGCACUCCUAUCUGGGAAGGCCCGAGAAGCCUUUGUUCAGCUGUCCGAAAACGACAGCAUGGAUUAUGACAAGGUCAAACUCGCCAUAUAUGCCAAAUAUGAACUAACGGCAGAGGAGUAUAGGCGACGCUUCCGGCACUCCAGGAAAAAACCAGCUGACAGCUACAAGGAGUGGCUGUGUCAGCUCAAUGUUGCUCUCGGUCGCUGGGUCGAUGCCGCUCAACGCGAACGCAAGAAGGAGGACGAUAGGGCGCAGUUUCUCAGCCAGCUAAUCAUAAGAGAACAGUUCCUGGAUGGUUGCCCUCCUGAUGUUGCGGACAAACUGCAGGAACAGGAAAUGUGGGAGCCAAAAGACUUGGCCGCUGCUGCCGACCGUAUCACUAACAAACACAAGUACUCUAACACAAGCCCCUCGCUCCCCAAACUCUACUGCCACCACUGCAAGUCAUACGGCCAUGAAACCCAAGGAUGCAAGAAGCGGCCAAAGCCGCAAACAAGCAUGUUCUGCCAAGGUCGUUACAGAUUCUGGGACUCGGACCAGCCCGUCCCAGACAACCAGUACAGCCUUGAAGGCAAAGUCAACGGCCAGAGAGUCCAUGUCUACCGAGAUACGGGAAGCACCAUGACUAUCGUCAAUGGCAAGUACGUACCAGAACAGUCAUACCUCGGCGAAUUCAUCAGAGUUAGGAUGGCCAAUGGCACGGUUGAUGAGAUUCCCACGGCUCUCGUCACUCUCGACGUUGCAGGCCAACAGAAGCAAGUAGAGGUUGGAGUCAUGAACACUCCAUUCCCUGUCCUGCUGGGCAACGAUUACCACACCGCAUGCGCUGUCACCCGUGCACAGGCCCAACGAGCCAAAGCAGCUGAGGAGAAGAUAGCGGAAGAGGCAUCCCGAUCCGAUGUCCAUCCCACCCCCCUCUUCCCGGCAGAGGAAGCGGAAACAGUAGAUGACGACGACAACGGAAUUCUCAUAGAAGACGACCUCCUCGACGACGCAGACCCGGCAAUCUCUCUAGAGGAUGAGCCGUCCGUCUUUGAUAUCACCCCACAGCUCCUACUUGCCCAGCAGUCUGCCGACCCCUCCCUGCACUCUGCAUGGCAGGAUGCUGUUUCAGAACCGGAGAGCAGUCACCUGCAAACAUGCUAUGUUAAGAGGCGUGGGUACCUCAUGAGGAAAUGGACUCCACCUAAGCGACGGAAUGAGAACAGUACAGCACUGGGUAUUUCGCCGGUCUUCCAGGUGGUCGUCCCUGCAGAGCAUAGAAUCACUGUUCUUCGGCUAGCCCAUGCAAUCCCGUUCGCAGGGCACUUAGGGAUCGCCCGCACAAGGGAGCGUGUCCUCCAGCAUUUCUAUUGGCCCGGAAUCUUCAGAGAUGUGAAGCGCUUCUGCAAAGGAUGCCCACAAUGCCAAAAGUCUGCCACCCGACGUGCGGGAGAAAAACACACAAUGGUAGCUCCGCCCAUCAUCGGCGAACCAUUCCGACGGAUUGGUAUUGAUAUUGUUGGCCCACUUCCCCGAUCACACUCAGGCAACAGGUUCAUCCUCACUAUUGUGGACCAUGCUACACGCUACCCAGAAGCAAUACCCCUCCCGUCCACAGAAGCUGAACGUGUCGCUAAUGCACUCGUGGCCUUUUUCUCCAGAGUUGGCAUCCCUGAAGAGCUCCUCACUGAUCAGGGAGCCAAUUUCAUGUCCACAGUUAUCACCCAACUGUGCGAGCAGCUCGGCAUCCACAAACUCCGCACUUCACCUUACCACCCUCAAACAAACGGAGUAUGCGAGCGCUUCAACGGCACCCUCAAAGCCAUGCUCCGCAAGCUUGUAAGUGACGACGCCAAAGACUGGGAUGAAUACCUCCCACACAUAUGUUUCGCCUAUCGGGAAACUCCGUGCUCAUCGACGGGCUUCUCGCCCUUUGAACUGACCUUUGGACGACCAGUCAGGGGUCCACUGACAGUUCUCCAGGAGACGUGGCUUGACGAGGAGGAGCAUGAAGACAGCCUUGCCGACUACAUCACCGACUUGAAGACUAAGCUUGAAUGGAUGAAAGAGUGGUCCCUUCAUACACAAGAAACAGCACAGAAGAAGUCCAAAGCCUGGUAUGAUAAGACAGCCAGAGACAGGGAAUUCAGUGUCGGUGAUCAAGUUCUGGUACUUCUCCCUUCCUCUACCUCGAAACUACAACGACAAUGGAGAGGACCCUACACCAUCAUGCAGAAGAUGAACUCUGUAGACUACAAGGUGGACACAGGCCGUCGGAUAAAGAGGAUUCGGAUCUAUCACGUUAACCUUCUCCGCCCAUGGGAGCAGCCAAUGCAGAUUGCAGCCUCUACCACACUUGAUAGUGGAUCAGGAGAAGACCUUCCC